CCCAGGACGACCAGCUGGAUCUGUUCUCAGAGCAGCCACAGCAGAAACUGGGAAACAUGGUUCCAACACAGCGGAAAUCCCAACUUUGUCUCCUGCUGCUGGGGCUCUUGGGAAUGACAAUCUGGGUCCAUGCCCCACCUCCUGGUAUAACCCCAGCUCAGUGGUUUGUAAUUCAGCACAUUAAUAUGACCAGCAAUCUAUGCGACCUCGCAAUGCGGGCCAUUAACCGCUAUAAUCUUCCUCCAAGGAUAUGCAAAAACGAAAAUACUUUUCUCAAGACUACAUUACCUGUUGUAGCUAAUCUUUGUCGUACCCAUAAUAUACCCUGUUUUAGACAAGGCCAUAAUUGUCAUAGGAGCUCAGAUGCAGUGAAUGUUACCUACUGCAAUGCCACAGGACAGGCUCCAACUUACUUGCAGUGCCAUUACCAGCAAUAUUCCAUGGUGAAGAACUACAGCAUUGCCUGUGACACGACAAAUGUUCCAGUUCACUUUGAUAGAUUCUACUAAACCUGGGUCAGCCCUCUGUGCCAAGCUUCUAAGCCAGCCCUGCGGUCACAGCCAUGGUCCCAGACCACCAUCCAUCCUGGAUAUCAGCAUCAGCCCUCACCAUCAGCUCACAACCCC